AUGGAACCCAGCAACGAAACGACUGUUUCAGAAUUCUUUCUGCUGGAGGUGACACAGGACGCAGAGCUUCAGCCCGUCCUCUUCAGCCUGUUCCUGUCCAUGUACCUGGUCACCGUCCUGGGAAACCUUCUCAUCCUCCUGGCUGUCAUCUCGGACUCCCACCUCCACACCCCCAUGUACCUCUUCCUCUCCAAUCUCUCCCUCACUGACAUCUGUUUAAGCACAGCCACCGUCCCAAAGAUGCUGGCAAACAUCCAAACACGGAGUCAGAGCAUCACGUAUGCGGGCUGCCUCACCCAGAUGUACUUUGUUCUGAUUUCUGCAACUUUGGAAAAUUUUCUCCUCGCAGUCAUGGCUUAUGACCGCUAUGUGGCCAUCUGUGACCCUCUGAGAUACACGGUCAUCAUGAACUUUCGUCUCUGUGGCCUCUUGAUCCUCCUCUCCCUGUCUAUUAGCAUCAUGGAUACCCUGCUCCACGAUCUGAUGGUCUUGCGGCUGUCCUUCUGCGCAGACCUGGAGAUACCCCUCUUCUUCUGUGAGGUUGUGCAAGUCAUCAAGCUCGCCUGUUCUGAUACGCUCAUCAACAACAUCCUGAUAUAUUUUGCAGCUGGCGUAUUUGGAGGUGUUCCUCUGUCUGGGAUCAUUUUCUCUUAUACCCAAAUUGCCUCCUCUGUUUUGAGAAUGGCGUCAGCAAGUGGAAAGUAUAAAGCUUUCUCCACCUGUGGGUCUCACCUCUCGGUUGUGUCCUUUUUCUAUGGGACAGGUUUGGGGGUUUAUGUCAGUUCUGUGUUUACGCACUCUCCCAGGAAGACGGCAGUGGCUUCGAUGAUGUACACUGUGGUCACUCCCAUGAUGAACCCCUUCAUCUACAGCCUGAGGAACAGGGACAUGGCAGAAGCUAUAAGGAAACUCGUGGGUAGGAUACCUUCUUUUCCGUGA